GGGAGGCAAAAAAUGCUAAAUCCAGAGCUCUGUUUGCAGACUUCAAGGGGAGGGGGUGUUCAUGUGCUCUGCUAAAGAGGCAAGGUAGGAAAUGCACUGACUGGGGCAUUCUGCACAGGCUGCUUGUCCCAGAAUAGCUGGGGAGCUGAUGCUGUCAUUCCUGAGGAACAGCGGGGACUGUAUUUUCCUUCUGGAAGGAAGAGGAGAACCUUACUGGCCUUAGGGGACUGAUGAUGCGCCUUACUAUUGAAACCCAGCAAUGAUUCUGUCAAUGCUGCACAUUUUUCUGUCUCCUUUGGAGAUGAGAGAGGGUUAUGCCUACCUCUCUGGCUGAGGAAGAGAGUUAGUGUUAGAGCUGGGCUGGUUUGUCAGCACUGUGAAUGGUGGUGCUGGCUGGAGGGAUGGUCCAUCCAGGAAACUGGCUUGCAAGUCAACUGGAGGGCAAGAUUCAUGCCUGCUACUUCAGAGACCUUGCUUCCUUCCCCUUGCACCCUGAGUAUUUUGUUUAAUCAGGGAUAUUUACCUUUGCUUUUGCCCUCCACUGCUGACCAGCUGUUGCAGCCCAGGUGCCUGCCUCCUCCCUUAUCCAGAGCAACCUUGCAUGAGCUGGAGGAUUUAUGAUUUGCUGCAGACAUGGACGGUAGCCUUUGUAAAGUGGAAAAGGAAGCAGCCAUAAAUAACAGAGAGAGGACAGUGCCAUGUGGUGGUUUUUCAUUUACUAGAUAGUCCUACUUUGUUCUUGAUGAGUAAUGGAGGCAUUUGAAUACGCCGCGAUGACAGCAGCAGUCUGGCUCUGGGAAGGUGUCUUCGUGGGCCGGGUGAGGAUGGUGGCGGUCAGGACACUCGGACCGUGCUGUGUACCUUCCCCUCUGAUCUCCACUCUUUCGCCUCCUUCUCUCGCGCUCUUUUGCCGCUCUGGGCAUUCUGCUUUGUGAGGCUGCAUUGCAACAAGCCCAAGCCUCGCCGGGUGCCGGCCGGUGCUCGGUCCUGAUGCGGGAUCGCUCCGUGCGUGCGGGGCGCGGAUCAUGGCCCGGGCAGGUGCGGCUGGCUGCUGCUGCAGACGCUCCUUGCUGUGGAUUGCGCUGUUGCAAAGAUCCCAUCUAAUGCCGAGGCUGAAAGAAUCGCGCUCCCACGAGUCUUUGCUCAGUCCUAGUAGUGCUGUCGAGGCUCUGGAUCUCAGCAUGGAGGAGGAAGUGGUCAUCAAGCCAGUCCACAGCAGCAUCCUGGGACAAGACUAUUGCUUUGAGGUGACGACUUCAUCAGGAAGUAAGUGCUUCUCGUGUCGUUCUGCAGCAGAGCGAGAUAAAUGGAUGGAAAACCUGCGGCGUGCCGUGCACCCAAAUAAGGACAACAGCAGAAGGGUGGAGAAUAUGUUAAAGUUAUGGAUUAUUGAAGCCAAGGAUCUGCCAGCUAAGAAAAAGUACUUGUGUGAAUUAUGCCUGGAUGAUGUUCUUUAUGCACGAACUACCUGUAAAUUGAAAACUGAUAAUGUAUUUUGGGGGGAGCACUUUGAAUUUAAUAACCUCCCAUCGCUCAAAAACAUUACAGUGCACUUAUACAAAGAGACUGACAAGAAGAAGAAGAAAGACAAGACCAAUUUCAUUGGACAAGUGAACAUCCCUGUCAGCUCUGUCAUGGGCCGGCAGUUUGUAGAGAAAUGGUACCCAGUGGUCAGCCCCAACCCUGGCAAGGGGAAGUCCCCAGGGCCCAUGAUCCGCAUCAAGUCACGCUACCAGAGCAUGAGCAUUCUUCCCAUGGAGAUGUACAAAGAGUUUGCUGAGUACAUCACCAACAAUUACAUGGUGCUGUGCUCCGUGCUGGAGCCCUCGCUGAGCGUCAAGAACAAAGAGGAGAUGGCGUCCGCGCUGGUGCACAUCCUGCAGAGCACAGGCAAGGCCAAGGAUUUCUUGACUGACCUGAUGAUGUCUGAAGUUGAUCGCUGUGGUGAGAAUGAGCAUCUCAUUUUCAGGGAGAAUACACUGGCCACCAAAGCAAUUGAAGAAUACCUGAAGCUGGUGGGGCAGAAAUACUUGCAAGAUGCCUUAGGGGAAUUUAUCAAGGCACUGUACGAAUCAGAUGAAAAUUGUGAGGUGGAUCCCAGUAAGUGUUCAUCUUCGGAUCUUCCUGAACAUCAGAGCAACCUGAAAAUGUGCUGCGAGUUGGCCUUCUGCAAAAUCAUCAACUCCUACUGUGUCUUCCCAAGAGAGCUCAAGGAAGUUUUUGCCUCAUGGAGACAAGAAUGCAGCAACCGAGGCCGCCCAGACAUCAGCGAGCGACUGAUCAGUGCCUCCCUGUUCCUCCGGUUCCUCUGUCCUGCCAUCAUGUCCCCGUCCCUCUUCAACCUCCUGCAGGAGUACCCCGAUGACCGCACUGCACGCACUUUGACCCUCAUUGCCAAGGUCACCCAGAACCUUGCCAACUUUGCCAAGUUUGGCAGCAAAGAGGAAUAUAUGUCCUUUAUGAAUCAGUUCCUGGAACAUGAAUGGACUAACAUGCAGAGAUUUCUACUGGAGAUUUCCAAUCCUGAAACCCUCUCAAACACAGCUGGCUUUGAAGGCUACAUUGACCUGGGCCGGGAAUUGUCCACUUUGCACUCGCUGCUCUGGGAAGUCAUUUCUCAGCUGGAGCAGGGCACUACAACAAAACUUGGGCCUCUGCCUCGGAUCCUGAGGGAUGUCAACUCAGCACUCAGUAACCCAGCCUGCGUGCAGGUCUCGGUCACGGCCGAUCACACCGCGUCCACGCCUAACGCUGGCAACAGCAUCUCUGCAGGGCUGCAGAAAAUGGUGAUAGAGAAUGACUUAUCUGGUCUGAUAGAUUUCACACGGUUACCAUCUCCAACCCCUGAAAACAAGGACUUGUUUUUUGUCACAAGGUCUGCUGGGGCCCAGCCCUCUCCUGCCCGAAGCUCCAGUUACUCAGAGGCCAAUGAGCCCGACGUGCAGAUGUCUAAUGGCAGCAAGAGUUUGUCCAUGGUGGACUUGCAGGACAAUCGGCUCUUGGACAGUGGGGCCAACGCUCCCGGCACGGCUGACUCGCUCAAUGACAGUCAGUCGUCCCUCGGGCAGUUGCAGGGCGUAUGGACCACGCGGACUCAGCAGAACAGCGUGACGGGCAUGGCCACCGUGCGCCGGGUGGGCCAGACCCCCACCACACCCAGCGGCGAGAGCGCUCCUGGCCGGCCCCAGCUCCUGGCGCCCCUCUCCUUCCAGAACCCCGUCUACCAGAUGGCCGCCGGGCUGCCGCUCUCCCCCCGUGGCCUGGGCGACUCCAGCUCCGAGUGCCACAGCUCGCUCAGCUCCCACAGCAACAGCGAGGAGCUGACAGCCAACAAACACGGCUUCACCGCCCCCACUGCCAGCGAGGACUUCACCCGCCGGACAGGGGAGCUGGCGCGCCGGCAGCUCUCGCUGACAGAGAAGGGUGGUCAGCCCACCAUGCCACGGCAGAACAGCGCGGGGCCACAGCGGCGGAUAGACCAACCGCCCCCGCCACCCCCGCCCGUCAGCCGGGGACGGACGCCACCAUCCCUGCUCAACACGGUUCAGUACCAGCGGCCUUCCAGUGGCAGCAUGAUGUCCUCCUCGCCGGACUGGCCAGGCAGCGGGGCCCGGCUCCGUCAGCAGUCCUCCUCCUCCAAGGGUGACAGCCCGGAGAUGAAGCAGCGCACGAUGCACAAACAGGCCCCUUCUCCUGUGAACCCCAAUGCCCUGGACCGCACUGCUGCUUGGCUUUUGAAUAUGAACAUGCAGUUUUUAGAAGAUGAAAGCAUUGACCCAGAUUCCAAGCACAGGGAUAAGCUCAGGAAUAAGGACGAGCUCAGCCAAGCAGAAAAGUACCAGCAGGACCUGGUGGUGCUGCAGGACAAGCUUCGCAUCUCCAACAAGAAGCUGGAGGAAUAUGAGACUCGCUUCAAGUGCCAGGAGGAGACAACUCAGAAGCUGAUGCUGGAGUACCAGGCCAGGCUGGAGGAGAGUGAGGAGCGGCUCCGCAGGCAGCAGGAGGAUAAGGAGAUCCAGAUGAAGGGCAUCAUCAGCAGAUUGAUGUCAGUUGAGGAGGAGUUAAAGAAGGAUCAUGCAGAAAUGCAGGCUGCUGUGGAUUCCAAGCAGAAGAUUAUUGAUGCACAGGAGAAACGCAUCGCUUCCCUGGACGCUGCCAACGCACGGUUAAUGAGUGCCCUUACGCAGCUGAAAGAGAGGUACAGCAUGCAGACACGUAAUGGGAUCUCCCCCACAAACCCAACUAAAUUGCAGAUUACAGAGAAUGGAGAAUUCAGAAACAGCAGUAAUUGUUAACCCACGGAGGGUGCUGCCGCAGGAGAGGAGGCCUGGCCAGAGAGACCGUGCAGCAGCAGUGCGAGCCGCGGCUUCCGAGAACGGCUGCUCUCUCCCAGAGAUCCCAGCUCCUUACUGCGGACGGCGCGUGACUCGGCCUUUGUGGGAGAUGCUGGUGCCAGCAGCACAUUGAGGGGACGGAAAGAUCGAGUGUGAGAUGAGUGGCAUAAGGAAAUAACAUAUAUAUAUAUAUAUAUAUAUAUUUGAGAAUCGCUGUCACUGUCGGAUUCGAGUCAGUGUUUAAUGUUUAAACAAAAGUUAACCUUGUCCUUCUAAAACUGCCCAAAGGAUAUGCCUCACCCCUCCCAGCAAGGAAUAACCUCCUUGUCGUGGCAGUAAGCAGAAUAAAGGGAGCUGGGCAGAGCCUGCAGCAGGCAAUGGCCCAGUGAAUCCAGUUUGAGGGUGCUGCUGGGUGCAGCCCUACGAGGGAUGGCAGCAGAGCCUGACCCGCUCCUGUGGCUCCCCCCAGAGCACAGCUCUCUCCCAGAGCAAACCCCAGAGCUGAGCCCUGUGUGGUGUGUGGAGUUUGCAGUGGGUGACUAUCCACAGGGUAUUUAUGCAGCUGACGAGUGUUUAAUUAACUCCACCCACCCAGGGAGUACAGUUCCCAGGAAAGGUCAGGGCACACUCUACGCCAUGGUGGCCCCAGGGGAGCUGCGUGGGGACCAUGGUGGAGAGAGUAUGGCUGGUGCUGCUGCGGGUUCUGGGGGAGCAGAGCAAGCCCAAGGAUCCAGCACAUGGGUGGAGGGAGGAGCUGGUGAAUGGCAACUUGAUUCCUCUCUUCAGCUUCUGCUCCCUCAGAAAUAGUGGGGAAGAGUUUUUUUAAGCAGCAGCCACAGGGCACUGCCCCCACACGCACACUUCCAGCCACAGAAUAAAGCAGAUGUUGCUUGAGCUUGGUCCCUGAGCUGUGGGUGAGGGACACGGGCUGGAUGUUCUGGUGCCUGUUGUGGUAGAGGGGGAGCAAGGGGCUACCUGAGAUGGUCAGCGUCUGGCUUGACAGAGGGUUCAUUGUGGGGGUGUAAUUCUCUGUGCAAAGCUUUUUACUAUUUCUGGGGAGAAAAACAAAGAAAGAAGAAAAAGCCCUGAAGAACCAUGAAGAUCGGUAAUUGUAUUUCUUUUCUUUCACAGUAUGCAUUAGAAAAAAAAAGAUCCCAUUUUCUGGAAUACUGUCCUCUUUAAAUUGGGAAUGAGCACUGCAUGGAAAUUAACCGGCUCGAAGAAUGUAAAACAUGGUCAUAAGGGAGUAACCAACAAGAACAGCAGCCACCACCGAGAGCCCCCUUGUCAGGAGCACUGUGCAGGCAUAAGCCAGGAUUAGACUUUCCCAACUGCUGCAGCACACAGCCCAGCAGAUUCAGACACUUUGUGCUCAGCGGAGGGGUCACCUCCUUAACGGGGGAUUGUGCCGCUGACCUGCUGCCACGCUGCCACGGUGUGUUUGUUGCUUUGUCUUUUUGGUUUUUUGAUUUUUUGUUUUUUUUUUUUAAGUUAGUACUCGAUGACUCCCAGUCUCAGAGCAGGUCCCUCGUACCAAGAGCCAGAGAGAUUUCUCUGAGAUACGGAUGACAGUGUACAGGACAUCUGCCUUUUCCUCCCACUAAAGUUUAACACACUGCUCAACGCCUGUCCUAGCUCCUCCUGCCAUGUGUAAAUGUACAGCCAAAGGGAUUAGGAUGUCCACUGGGCUCUGCACAGCGUAGGGACCAUCUCCAGCCUCACCCUACCUAGGCUGUCUGAGCAGGACACUUUGCCAGUAAGCUCUGCAUUGCCAUGCUGCCCUGCAGCCCUAAGGCUCCUUAACAGCAUUCUUCAUUCUUCCACAUGCAAUUGUUUUCAAAAUUAAAAAGAUGCUUGCUUUUUUUUUUUUUUUCCCUAAAUAUUUUUUCUGUUCCCUGGAAGCCCUGGGCCAAGCCUGGUGCAGCUUGGUCCUUGGAGGAGUGAACACUGAGGUCUCCACACCCCACCCAACGCCUGCAGAAUGGUGCAGUCACACAUGACCCCAAACGGAGCUCCUCAGAGCAAAGUAAUCACUAAGUCUUUGUGGCAAGUACAGUCACCUUUGAAUUUUGGAGACUAGCACAGAUGACUUUGAAGAAUCUCACAAAACUGACAAGGUUACAACUGGAAAAAAGACCCAGACAGGUUAGGAGCACCCAGGGUACUGUGAGCCGUUGGGUCCGUACACUGCCACCUGCCAUCGGCUCAGAAUCAAACCCUGCAAAAAAAAAAAAAAAAAAAAAAAGACUUCCUUUAAACUGCUGUGGCCCUGAGAUGUGUGUUUAGAGCUGAUUGUUUUUGAGUUCCAAAAUAUUUGUGUUGGGAGAGACUGGAAGUUUUUCAAGAGAGAAGGAACAUAGAGGAAUGGAAACUAACAGGGCACAGGGGCAGGUGCCCCAUCACCAGCAUGUUUCCCUUCCUACAUGGAAGUAAUUUUGGGAUGCAGUCAGUGCUCUCUGUAAGAACUGGAAAAAAAAAAAAAAAAAAAAAAGAAACACCCAAAUCCCAGUUGUUUAGUACUGAAGCUAAGCACAUCUUAAUCUUCUCAACCACAAGCCAAGGCACAGCUCCCCCCACCCUGCUCUGAUCUGUCCAGAACUCCUGAUUAACCUCAAAAUUGCAAAUUACCGAACACAAAUUGUUCUGCUGAAAUAGCAGGAAUGUUUAAAUCCUUCCACAGUGAGUUAGUGAAGUCUUAGAAGUUCCAGUACCUUCUGCAGUUGUUUAGUUUCCUGAGCCAAUAUGCAAAGAAAUGCAAAUCAGGACAAAGUCUGGUUACAGUAGUGAUUCCCUGCCCACCCCCCUUUUUUUCUCUGUCUCUUUCCACAACUGUCAACAACUGGACCUAAACGUGACCCUCCCCUAGGAUGCUCUGGGGAUAGGUUUAAAGAUCCAGGCUCAGCUCAGUUCUGUUACUUCAGUUUGUCUUUCUGUUAUUUAUAAACUGUACAUUGCUGUAUGUGAGCGUGUGUGUGUGUGUGAGUGAAGGAGUCAGUGCCAGCCCUGUGUGGCCAGGCUCCCCGAGGUGGCCUGGGACCUGGUGUCUGGCACAGCCAUCCCAGAGGCCACCCCCGAGGUGCUGGUGGCACCAGAGCACCCACGACCCCGUCCUGUUCUGUGAGUGGCUCCAUUUUUGUUCCCAUUCUUGCCCUUUCUACAGUAAGAAUCUGUUGUAGUGCAAAUGCGUCCAAGUGUAACAAAAGGAAAAAACAAACAAAACACACUCAGAUUUUUAUCUUAAUACAAGUCUUAAUAUUUUUUUGUAAAUGUUUUCAGUGUUUACUGUAAUGUAUCUAUCUCACUAACAGUUGUAUAUAGUAACUUCUGGUGCUGCUUAUUUGGUCAGGAUUUGGCUGUAUCUCACUGCUGUUUUGGAGAGGUGGGCUCCAAGUAGCAAAUCUGGAUCCAGAUAAAGGUUAUGAUUUCAGCCUCUUCCCUUUGAGGGAAGGAGAAGGGAGAGAAGCCUGGGAUCCAGAUUUGGGUUGGUCCACCUCAAGGAUUCUGUUUUAAGAGUUUUGAUUUGGGGUUUUGUUGAACUGUAGAGAACACUGCUAAAAAAGUGAGCAAAGUUUUGUGUAAAGGGGGAUGAAAUGGACUGAGCAGUAUCCCAAGGUCUCUGUAAGUAUCACCAUUUCAGACAGGGAUUAUUAUGGCUUCAGUGCCAAAAAAGAUUGGAGGGACCCAAGUCCUUCCCUAUGCCAACUAAAACUACAGUGUAGUCACCAGCCCCUUUUGCACCAGUUUAAGCAAAUCCUGCUGCCAUCCAAAGAGUCCUGUAUCAUUCUGCAUUGUCAUUUAAGUCCAGUUGGGGUUUUUUUUUUUUUUGUUCUCUGCUUUUGCAGUUGUAUAGCACUGAUUGCACUGUGAGAACACACUGAAUCCUCUGGCCUGGCAGCCAGCCCCAUAGCUUGCUGCAGGGUGCAGGACACAGGUUCUGCUAUUACAAAUAUUCCUAAAUGGAGAAAGGAUUUGGUGGACCUGAGCAAGGCACCACAGCCUCUCCUGGGAAAGCAGUCAGCAAAUAAUCAAUCAUUCCCAAAGUUCAGAGCUUUCUCUGGUACUAAUGCCAAUAUCCAGAGGCAACAGAAAACACAGCAAGGUCUGUUCUGUGAUGAGCAAGGGGAGGAUUUUUAUGACAGGAGAUGGCAGCUGCACUGAUGGCUCUGGCCAGGCCAGCCCCAAGGUGCAGCUCAUCCCAACUGAGCUGCAAGGGGCUCAUUUCUCCUGCAGUCCCAGGGCAGGGGGAACAGCCCCUGGA